AUGCUUCCCCGCCUUCCCCUCCUCUUCCGGUCUCGCUCCCCGUGCUGCGCAAGCGCUCUGCUCUUCUCCCCCGCCGAGGACGCCGACGGACAGCUCGCGCUCGACCCCGAGUCGGAGAAAGGGUCCUUGGGCUCCUCCCUGUCGCUGUCGCUCGACUUUCUGUCCUCGCUGCUGCCCCCUCCCCCCGCCUCCUGCCCCAGCGCCUCCUGCAGAUCCGUCAUGGAUGCCCUCGGCGGCUGCCCCUGCGAGCCGUGGUGCUCCGACCGGCCCGCGUCCGACGACGUCGUCGACUUGGACGGGAAGCUUGACGUCGGGCUGCUCGAGCCCUCCGGCGAGCCGUCGGGCCCGGAGCCCUUGGAGAUGGACGCGUCGCUGCUCUCCUCUGGCGACUCCUUACCCGAGGACUUGUCGCACUUGGUGCUGGCCUCGGAGCCCGAGCACAGCUCGUGCGCGGAGCUGCUGCCCUGGCUAGCCUGGGACUUGAUGUCAGCCAUGGAGGGAGCUGCGGCGCCGGAGGACAAGCUGCUGCUGCAUCCACCAUGGUCGUCGUCGCGCUUGCGCUUCUUGCUGUCGGGCUGCAUGGGAUGGUGGUUGAACAUGGUAUGGUGGUUGUGCGAGUUCAUCGCUGAGACAAGGAGACGCGAUCGUGGUGGCGCUAGAGAGGAGGAGCGUGCAUAG